ACAGGGUUGUGUCUAUUUAUUCCCGUGAACACCUCAGAUCUAUAUUAAUUUUAUUCUAGAUGUCAAUGAUUUAAAAGCAUAAUCCAAACUAUAUGAAUAUUGAUGGUAUUCCAACAAAAUUAGACAACAUGAAUAUUGAUUGUGUAAAUACCAAAUCAGAUAAUAUGAAUAUUGAUUGUACUGAAUCAGGCAAUAUGAAUAUUAAUGGUGUAAAAACAGAAAACAUGUUACCCAGUAAAUUAAAGAAAUCUGAACCAUAUGAUAUUUUUAAACAACUUCCACUUGAAAUCAUAAAUAAAAUUGUCCUACAAUUGGACUUCAAUGAUGUUUUGAACUUAAAAUUAGUUAAUAAGAUGUGGCGGUGUGUAUAUGUAAACCAAAAUGAGAUAUGGGCAAGGAUUUGUGAAGAUUUAAAUAUACGAGUCAUUGAUUAUAGCCGGUGUCUGAAUGAUAGGUCAAGACAUGAUUCWGAAUGUAUAGGAUAUGCUGAUGUAGCUUCGGAAAAAUUAUUCGGACCUAUAUGUGACUAUUGGCAAACUUUUAACCGUUAUAUAAUGAUUGUAAAGAAUAUAAAAAACAAUGAUUUUCCGACCAUUUAUAUACCUCGUCAGCAUGUAGAACAAUCAUAUUGUACUGAUGAUUACAUAGUCAAUAUAAAUUGUCAACAUAAACAACCAAUUCAAAUAGUUAUUUUAAAUGGAGCAAAUAAACCUUUAAAAAAAAAGUUUUUGCCUAUAUUUAAUAAAUUUGAAGAAUUGAUUAAAUUAAGAAAAUAUCCACUCAAAGUAAUUGGUAACAAAAGGUACUUGGUAUUUGAAAUUUGUUCAAUUAUAUUUGUGUAUUCAAUUUCAAAAACUGAAUUCACUAAAAAAUUUUUUAAAGUGAUACAGAAAUCUGUUGAUUAUGGCUUAAAUAAGGAUGAUUUCAACGAAGAAUUCUUAAAUAGUCAUUGUGACACAAAAUUUGAUUUAUAUGAUCAUAAAUUAGCAAUGGUGCACCCAGCUAUUAGUACAUUAUUUGUUACUGAUUUGAGUACAGGAAAAACAUAUAAAGAACUGGAAUUUAGUUCAAGAGGAUGCAUUGUUGAUAGCAUGAAAUGCUCUGACUAUAGACUCAUGAUUGGAAUCACAAAAACGAAAAAAAAAGACUUGAAAACAGAACAUUUGGCAAUUGUUUAUCACAUGAAAGGAUGUACACAAAACAAUAGAUUAAUGAUACCCUUGUUAGGGCCUGUUACUCAGUUCAAAGUGACCAGUAAUUGUAUUGGAGUAGAAAACACAGGUUCUGCAACUCCAUUUAUCACAAAGCAAAAUAAUUCGUACUUAAAUGUAUUUUGGCUUGAAUGCGAUACAUUCUCAUUUGACUGUACUAGAAAGUAUAUUUAUUAUAAUGUUAAUCAAAGUAUAUUUCAGUACGACCUUUUAAAGUCCAUGUUGUCCAAGUUUGAAGUGGUACAAAAAAUAGCUAUCGAUGCAAUAUCAAAUCUCUUACCUUUAACACCUAUAAAUGAUAGAUAUUUGUUAGUUCGAUCAACUUAUCCAAAUUCAUAUGACAUAUUUGAUGUUAAAGAACACGUUUCUGUUAGGUCGAUACAAUUAACUGCAGGGUAUUCAUUAGUUCAUGUGGGUAAACUAUCUAUAAUGUUCUCUAAUUCCAGUGAAUUUAUGGUAAUUGCAUUUAAUUAAUUAUGUGUUUGUUUUU